AAUAAAAAUAAAAAAAAAGAGAAAAAGCGAAGAGGAUCAUCACUGUGCUCGCUCGCCGCUCGCUCCAAGAAAAUUCUCGCCGGCAGUGCUCGUCCUCCAAUUUCCCCUCAUCAAUUCGAAGCGAUCGAUAUAAGUUGGGGAGGGAGGGAGAGAGAUUUUAGGAAUACACGGAAAAGCAAAUCGAGACUCGAAGUUGUUCUUUUGCGUCGAAUUGGUUGAUAUUUGAUUAAUCUCCCUUCUCGAAUUGCUCAAUUUGUGAAGAGAUAGAGAGAGAGGACAAGAGUCGGGGAUUUGAGAGCUUCGGAGAUGGCGUCGUCGGCGGUCACGGCCUACGAGAUGACGGCGGCUUCGAAUUGGUGGGACGAGGUGAACAAGUCCGCGGUGUGGCAGGAUCGCAUCUUCCACGUCCUGGCCGCCCUCUACGGUGUCGUCGCCGUUGUCGCUCUGGUUCAACUCGUUCGGAUACAAUUGAGAGUUCCCGAGUUCGGUUGGACUACGCAGAAAGUGUUCCAUUUCCUCAAUUUCUUGGUCAAUGGCGUUAGAUGUGUAGUGUUUGUGUUCCGGCGGGAUAUUCAGAAGUUAUCUCCUGAGAUUGUCCAGCAUAUAUUGCUUGACUUGCCGAGCCUUGCAUUCUUCACGACGUACGCACUUUUGGUUCUCUUCUGGGCCGAGAUAUAUUAUCAGGCACGUGCUGUAUCUACUGAUGGACUCCGGCCUAGUUUUUUUACAAUUAAUGCUGUGGUCUAUGCAGUUCAGAUAGCAAUGUGGUUGAUCCUGUGGUGGAAACCUAUUCCAGUUGUAGUUAUCCUUUCGAAGAUGUUUUUUGCAGGUGUUUCUUUGUUCGCUGCCCUCGGUUUUCUUCUAUAUGGCGGAAGACUCUUCUUGAUGCUCCAGCGGUUUCCUGUUGAGUCAAAAGGACGUCGUAAGAAACUGCAGGAGGUUGGCUAUGUGACCACCAUAUGUUUCCUGUGCUUUCUUGUCAGAUGCAUCAUGAUGUGUUUUGAUGCAUUUGAUGAAGCAGCGGACUUGGAUGUUUUAGAUCACCCAAUUCUGAACUUCAUCUAUUACCUUUUGGUGGAGAUUCUGCCUUCUUCUUUGGUUCUAUUCAUACUAAGAAAGCUGCCACCGAAACGUGGGAUCACGCAAUACCACCCUAUCCGCUGACGAACGGGGCGACGGAUGCGUUGGCCUUAAAAGGUUAGCCUAUCAUAUAAGAGGAGAUGGAAGGUGAAAUCAUCAUGCGCUCUGGGUUGAAUAAAAAUCCUAGUGGGUUAUGCAGUUGUUCGGUCUCUAAGUGGAUUCAAGGUCUGUGCUGAAAACCCAGGAUUACUGCUUCUGCUGUCUCUAGAUGCUAUGGUCUCUGCUUUUGGUGUCAUGGAUGAUAUGAUUGAUUAUCUCGUUCAGUGAUGUGAGAAGUAUCUGUAAUAAUUUGUAUAAGUUAAGAUUAUUAUUUUGAAACGGGAAAACAAAAAGAAAGACGCAGAGGUAGAAGGUUUCCUUGUAUCUUUAGGAUAAUGUUUUGAGUGCAAUAUAUCUUGGAGUUCAGUUUGUACUGA